AAAUAACGAAGCCCUUUCGUUCUUAAUAUGAUUGAUAUUAGUGAUUAUAACAUCUAUGUGGUUGCCAAUAAUGAUGUAAUAAUGACUUCGUUAAUUGUAUACUCAUUAAAGAAAAAGCGCGCCAAUAAUGUUUACUUAUUAGUACCAACGAUUCCUAAUGAGUUUCAAAAUCUGGGAGUAAAUGUUAUCAGGGGAAAAUGGUCUGAUGUCGAAGAUUUUAUAAAUAUUUUAACAUCUGAUACAAUUGUGGUGAUUAGUAUGCUUUAUCACGAUUUCGAAAUACAAUACAAUUUAUUUCAAGCAUGUAUUUAUAAACAAAUUUCUCUCUUCAUAACAUUCGAUUCAGGUAUGGAAUUAGAACACCACGUAAGAAACAAAUCGUGCCCUAGGACUCGUUUACAUCAAAUGUUAAUAGAUUAUGACUUUGAACGUUUCCAACAACAAUCUCCUCCUACUCAAUUAACAACUAAUUGGAUUUUGUUUCAAGUCGGUAUUUUUGAUAUUGAAACGAUUCAAUUCGAUAUUUCAACUGUUACUUCAACUUUCAAUUCUCCAAAUCAGUUCAUAUUCUUAAAUGUAACUGUUAAAGAUGAUCUUGCUUCGUUAAUUGUUGAAUCCAUAACAAAUCCAAAUCUUCAAACAAAUCGUAAUUAUGUUGUUGGAGAGUUCAUCGCUCAUACAUUUCUUGGACAUAUAUAUCAAGUAUUUAACAAAGGAGUUCAAUUAAACACAAAUUUACCAGCUGACAUUAGUGAGUUCGAUACAUCAAAUCAAUUAAGAUUAUCUGGAAUCAUUUCGGCAAGACCUCUCCCACAGAUUAUAUUUCCUAAUUAUAAUUUACAUAUUAAUAAACUGGCCAUGGAAUUAUCUUUACAAUAUGGUGCAAACAUUUAUAAGAUCCUUUCAGACCAUAAAAGAAUUUCUUUAAAACAAUGGGUAUACAAUAGAAUCUCAAAUCAACAAUCGUCAUCAUAA